AUGAGGGCGCCCCGGGCCCUGCAGGUGCUGGGCCUCCUCCUCGGCCUGGCCCGGGGCUCCGACGUGGGCAGCUCGCAGGCAGUGUGUCCCGGGACGCUGAACGGCCUGAGUGUGACGGGCGACGCCGAGAACCAGUACCAGACGCUGCACAAGCAGUACGAGCGGUGCGAGGUGGUGAUGGGAAACCUGGAGAUCGUGCUCACGGGACACAACGCUGACCUCUCCUUCCUGCAGUGGAUCCGAGAGGUGACGGGCUACGUCCUCGUUGCCAUGAACGAGUUCUCCACGCUGCCACUGCCCAACCUCCGCGUGGUGCGGGGCACGCAGGCGUACGACGGCAAGUUCGCCAUCUUCGUCAUGCUCAACUACAACACCAACUCCAGCCGCGCGCUGCGCCAGCUCCGCUUCACCCAGCUCACAGAGAUUCUGUCCGGGGGCGUGUAUAUCGAGAAGAACGACAAACUCUGUCACAUGGACACCAUCGACUGGAGGGACAUCGUGAGGGACCGAGACGCCGAGAUCGUGGUGAAGGACAACGGCAGGAGCUGUGAGCCGUGUCAUGAGGUCUGCAAGGGGCGAUGCUGGGGUCCCGGACCCAAAGACUGCCAGACAUUGACCAAGACCAUCUGUGCGCCUCAGUGCAACGGCCACUGCUUUGGGCCCGACCCCAACCAGUGCUGCCACGACGAGUGUGCGGGGGGCUGCUCCGGCCCUCAGGACACCGACUGCUUUGCCUGCCGGCUCUUCAACGACAGCGGAGCCUGCGUGCGGCAGUGUCCGCAGCCUCUCGUCUACAACAAGCUGACCUUCCAGCUGGAGCCCAAUCCUCACACCAAGUACCAGUACGGAGGCGUCUGCGUGGCCAGCUGCCCCCAUAACUUCGUGGUGGACCAGACGUCGUGCGUCAGGGCCUGCCCUCCUGACAAGAUGGAAGUGGAUAAAAAUGGACUCAAGAUAUGUGAACCUUGUGGGGGGCUUUGCCCCAAAGCUUGUGAGGGGACCGGCUCUGGGAGCCGAUAUCAGACUGUGGAUUCGAGCAACAUUGACGGGUUUGUGAACUGCACCAAGAUCCUGGGCAACCUGGACUUCCUCAUCACCGGCCUCAACGGAGACCCUUGGCACAAGAUCCCUGCCUUGGACCCCGAGAAGCUCAAUGUCUUCCGGACCGUACGGGAGAUCACGGGCUACCUGAACAUCCAGUCCUGGCCUCCCCACAUGCACAACUUCAGUGUCUUCUCCAACCUGACCACCAUUGGGGGCAGAAGCCUGUACAACCGGGGCUUCUCACUGCUGAUCAUGAAGAACUUGAACAUAACAUCUCUGGGCUUCCGGUCCCUGAAAGAGAUCAGUGCUGGGCGGAUCUACAUAAGUGCCAAUCGGCAGCUCUGCUACCACCACUCUCUCAACUGGACCAGGCUGCUUCGAGGGCCUUCUGAGGAGAGACUGGACAUCAAGCACAAUCGGCCCCGCAGAGACUGCGUGGCAGAGGGCAAAGUGUGUGACCCACUCUGCUCCUCUGGGGGAUGCUGGGGCCCAGGCCCUGGUCAGUGCCUGUCCUGUCGAAACUACAGCCGAGGAGGUGUCUGUGUGACCCACUGCAACUUUCUGAAUGGGGAGCCUCGUGAGUUUGCCCAUGAGGCUGAAUGCUUCCCCUGCCACCCGGAAUGCCAGCUCUUGGAGGGCACUGCCACAUGCAAUGGCUCGGGCUCCGAUGCUUGUGCCCAGUGUGCCCAUUUUCGAGAUGGGCCCCACUGCGUGAGCAGCUGCCCCUCUGGAGUGCUGGGUGCCAAGGGCCCCAUCUACAAGUUCCCAGAUGCCCAGAAUGAAUGCCGGCCCUGCCAUGAGAACUGCACCCAGGGGUGUAACGGGCCUGACCUGCAGGACUGCUUGGGCCAAACGCCAGCGAUGAUCAGCAAGACGCAUCUGGCGAUGGCGUUAGCGGUGGUGGUGGGGUUGGUGGUGGUGUUCGUGGUCCUGAGCAGCUCUAUCCUCUACUGGCGUGGGCGUCGGAUCCAGCAUAAGAGGGCGAUGAGGCGCUACUUGGAGCGGGGUGAGAGCAUAGAGCCUCUGGACCCCAGUGAGAAGGCUAACAAAGUCUUGGCCAGAAUCUUCAAGGAGACGGAGCUGAAGAAGCUUAAAGUGCUCGGCUCAGGCGUCUUUGGGACCGUGCACAAGGGAGUGUGGAUUCCGGAGGGCGAGUCCAUAAAGAUCCCAGUCUGCAUAAAAGUCAUUGAGGAUAAGAGUGGACGGCAAAGUUUUCAAGCUGUGACGGAUCACAUGCUGGCCAUUGGCAGCCUGGACCAUGCUCACAUCGUGCGGCUGCUAGGCCUGUGCCCAGGGUCAUCUCUGCAGCUUGUCACUCAGUACUUGCCUCUGGGGUCCCUGCUGGAUCAUGUGAGACAACACCGGGCGUCCCUGGGGCCACAGCUGCUGCUCAAUUGGGGAGUACAGAUUGCCAAGGGUAUGUACUACCUGGAGGAGCAUGGCAUGGUUCACAGGAACUUAGCCGCCCGAAACGUGUUACUCAAGUCAACCAGUCAGGUUCAGGUGGCAGAUUUUGGGGUGGCUGACCUGCUGCCCCCGGAUGAUAAACAGCUGCUGCACAGUGAGGCCAAGACUCCAAUUAAGUGGAUGGCCCUCGAGAGUAUCCACUUUGGGAAAUACACACACCAGAGUGACGUCUGGAGCUACGGUGUGACAGUUUGGGAGCUGAUGACUUUCGGGGCAGAGCCCUAUGCAGGGCUGCGGUUGGCUGAAGUACCAGACCUGCUGGAGAAGGGGGAGCGGUUGGCACAGCCCCAGAUCUGCACCAUUGAUGUCUACAUGGUCAUGGUCAAGUGUUGGAUGAUUGAUGAGAACAUUCGCCCAACCUUUAAAGAACUAGCCAAUGAGUUCACCAGGAUGGCCCGAGACCCACCACGGUAUCUGGUCAUAAAGAGAGAGAGUGGACCUGGAAUCCCCCCUGGGGCAGAGGCCCCUGCUCUGACAGACAAGGAGCUGGAGGAAGUGGAGCUGGAGCCAGAACUGGACCUGGACCUAGACUUGGAGGCAGAGGAGGACAAUCUGACCACAACACUGGGCUCUGCCCUGAGCCUGCCCGUUGGGACACUUACUUGGCCACGUGGGAGCCAGAGCCUUAUAAGCCCAUCAUCUGGAUAUAUGCCUAUGAACCAGAGUAACCUUGGGGAAGCUUGCCAGGAGCCUGUAGCUUGUGGGGGUGGUGAACGGUGCCCCCGGCCAGCCUCUCUGCACCCACGGGGACGCCUGGUGUCAGAGUCAUCGGAGGGCCAUGUGACAGGCUCUGAAGCUGAGCUCCAGGAGAAGGUGUCCAUGUGCAGGAGCCGGAGCCGGAGCCCGCGGCCACGUGGAGACAGUGCCUACCAUUCCCAGCGCCACAGCCUGCUCACUCCCGUCACCCCACUCUCCCCGCCAGGGUUAGAGGAGGAGGAUGUCAAUGGCUAUGUCAUGCCAGACGCACCCCUCAAAGGUACUCCAUCCUCACGGGAAGGGACGCUUUCUUCCGUGGGUCUCAGUUCUGUCCUGGGCACCGAAGAAGAAGAUGAAGAUGAGGAGUAUGAAUACAUGAACCGGAGGAGAAGGCACAGUCCACCUCGUCCCCCAAGGCCGAGUUCCCUCGAGGAGCUGGGCUAUGAGUACAUGGAUGUGGGAUCAGACCUCAGUGCUUCCCUGGGCAGCACCCAGAGUUGCCCGCUCCACCCUGUGCCCAUCAUGCCUACCCCUGGGACAACUCCAGACGAAGACUAUGAAUAUAUGAAUAAGCGACGUGGUGGAGGAGGUGCUGGGGGGGAUUAUGCGGCCAUGGGGGCCUGCCCAGCAGCUGAACAAGGGUAUGAAGAGAUGAAGGCCUUCCAGGGGCCUGGACACUAUGCUCCCCAAGUCCAGUAUGCCCGCCUCAAAACGCUACGUAGCUUAGAAGCCACUGACUCUGCCUUUGAUAACCCGGAUUACUGGCACAGCAGGCUUUUCCCCAAGGCUAACGCCCAGAGAACAUAA